AGUAUAAAUUUCAUCAAGUUUGUUUUUACGCAUUUUUACAUUUAUUCCAAACUAAUAACUAAAGGCAGUAACAAUUUAAACAAUAUAUAUUAUUUAUUAACUAAUAUUCAGCUUUUCUUUUUAUUAGUCAAUUUAUUUUCAGCAGUCAUUAAGCUUGUACACACUGGUCACUCACUCACAGACACAAAGAUGUACCUUUAAUUUCACCACGCUGAUUGCUCACUAAAAUCCUCUGCAGACAUCAUGUUUUCAGGCCAUUUCGAGUUUGAUUUUGACGAAAUAAAGCGGUGAUAUCUAAGUGACAAUUGUUUACUUACUUUUUAAUUAGUCUUCCCAUUAACGCCAUCACAGUCUUCAUUCAGGCCGAUUCGACGAGAACGCGCACGAAAACAAGAGGCGGGAUUUAUCGCACGAACCAAUCAUGUCCAAUCAUAACCGAUCAUGUCCAAUCAUAGCGCGAUGGAGGCACUGCCUCCUCUCACGUGACUUUCUCCCAUUCCUUCUCAAUUACCCCCCACCAAAGAAUAUGCCCCCACUAACCCACCGCACGCAUUUUUGAGGAGGCACUGCCUCCCUUGCCUCCUCGGAGGAAACGCCCCUGCCUGAAAGGAUGAUCCUGUGUUCAGCAUGCACUGAGGUUCUUUUUAUGGCCACGAGAGGCGCUAUAAACCUUCAAAAUCUUUCCUGACAGUGAGAAAUAUUUCAAGAUAAAAGUUUCAGCUGCAAUGUGUGAGGGGAAAAUAACACAAAACUCAUUGCAAUAUUUUUGGUGAAAUCAAGAAAAAGGCUAGACAGGAUCCAUUAAAUGCAAAGUGAAAAAUAAAAAAUUGGAGAAAAACAAAUAGCCAAUUGCGCGGCGUAGGGACAGAAACGUAAAUAACAAGGUAAAUAAACUCAGGAAGGCACUAAGACAUUUCCAAAAAUAAAUAAAUAACAUAAAAUCCAUUUGCAGUUCAAUGUUUCCAUGAAAUAAGAGUUAAUCUGUUAAAGAAAAAAAUAAUAUGUAAUAAAUUCGAGCGAAAAAUACAAGAAAACAGACGUAGGAAAGCACUAAGGCUCAAGCCAACAACAACAACAAAACUUGUAAUUAAAUGAAUAUUGAAAGUCAGAAAUAAUAUCUAUCAUAUCUAUUUUUAGAAAGUCGGUUAAUGGCACGAGGUUUAAUUUUGACAGACGGAUGAACCCGGAAGAGUAAAGUAGUGUUUACAGUUGCAUGCUGCUUGUAUUUGCAAUAGUACUCGUUCAUAAAAACUAUUUUUUUUUUUUUUUUGCGGUGAUGAUGAAGCACUUGUACUGCACUGCAGGUGCGGGGAUGGAGGAGCUGCUGGCCGAGGAGGUUCAACACAAACUCUGCGCUACUCAAGUGGAGCAGAUUUCAGGUAGAGUGUUCUUCUGCAGCAAUGCUGAUCUGUACACUGUGACACAACUCAAGUCUGCAGAGAGGCUGUUUCUACUUCUGCGCAAAACUGAACCCAUUUCUCUUCCCAACAACCCAGCAAAGGCUGCUGCUGUUAUAAAGCAGGGAGUGGUGGGAGAUCUAGACAUUUGGAAGCAGACCCUCUUAACCUGGACAGCCCUACAGGAAGAGCUUCAGUGCAGCCAGCAGCGUGGGCACAAGAGAAGGAGAGAGGAGGAUGAGGAGGAGAGUUUGACUGUAGCAGAUGAAUCCACACACACUCCUACCUCCAGCACAGACUUAUUAAAAAGACAAAAUGAAAUAAAUAAGGAGUCACAUGAGCAAACGCCAUCCUUCAGAGUGAGCUGCCGCUGUAGUGGAGUCAUUGCCCGCUCUUAUACCUCCCAGAGACUGGGCCGUAUCAUUGGGAUGGCCAUCAAAGAACAUCUUGGGUGGAAGGUGGACCUGAAAGAGCCUGUUCUUGAAGUAAAUGUGUAUUUAAGCGAUGACCAUUGUGUUGUAGGUAUCCCUCUUUUGAAGCAUCCUUUGGCCAGUCGUUCUUAUAUGAAACACAAUGGGUUGCGUUCUACAAUAGCCUGGGCCAUGACCUCUCUUUGCCCUAAACAGCUGAAUGAUUGUGUGAUUUUAGACCCAAUGUGUGGAGUUGGAGCAGUGUUGUUGGAAGCAGCUCAGGAGUAUUCUAAUGCUGUAUUUCUAGGCAUGGAUACAGACACAUCGCAGCUGCAGAAAGCUGCAGAGAACUUGAAAGCAUCGGGAAUGGAAGGAAGAGUGCAGCUACUUCGUUCCUCUGCCAUGGAGAUCCCUCUUGCAGAUGGAGCAGUUGAUGCUGUGCUCUGUGAUGUUCCAUUUGGCAGGAAGUUCAGCUGCAGCUCUGACAUGCCAACUGCCCUGCCACGCUUACUGAGAGAGAUGGAGAGGGUAAUUCGUGUUGGUGGACAUCUUGUUCUGUUACUGAGUUUGCAGCUUUCUGCACAGCUUAAGAAGACAAUUUGCACACACAAAAACAACCAACACCUAAACUCCUCAGACACAAACAAUGUUCACACUGACCCCUCAAACACACAGAAUGAAAGCAAAGACACACCUAAAACCUUAACGUUUCACAAAUCAAGCUCUGAAACCUCAAAUACACCGUUAUUAUUCAGCUCAUUACAAGCACAGAGGACACACAGGGUUAGUCUGGGCAGCACAGAUGCGUUUAUACACAUCUACACCAAAAUACAAACUCAAGCACACUCGCACUGAAGUAAGUUCACCCUGAAAUGCUUGUGGACAAUCAGAAUUGACAACAAAUGACUAAGAUGUUAAUAAAAUCUAUUUAACACUCUA